UAUACAUGAUGGCGGACAGCAGGAUCGGACUCUGCUGCCCUAAAAUUACUGUUACCGUACACCUGUCAAAUGUUUCCACUACGCUUUUUGGACUUUUAUGUGUCCUAUGUAUCAUAGGUUCAAGUGCUGCUACUACGCACUGGGUUGUCACUGAAGAUGGCAAGAUACAACAGCAGGUGGACUCUCCUAUGAACCUGAAACACCCUCAUGAUUUAGUGAUAUUGAUGAGACAAGAAACUACCGUUGGCUACCUCAAAGAGUUGGAGAAACAUUUGGUUGCACAGAAAAUCCAUAUUGAGGAGAAUGAGGACAGAGACACAGGCCUGGAACAGAGGCACUACAAACAGGACCCUGACUGUAUUAAAGCUAAGGUGCCUUUGGGAGAUUUAGACUUGUACGAUGGCACAUACAUUUCCUUGGAAAGCAAAAACAUCAGCCCUGAAAACUAUGUGGUUGCACACAGUCCUGUUCCUCCUGACCUAACGCAACCUGACUGCACCAAAAUCAUAGCGCUUCCUUUUAGCAUUCACGCCUUUCAGCAUUUACGGGGCAUCCAAGAGAGAUUAAAUCUUUCAGCUCCUCUGUUGCCUAAGGAAGAUCCUGUCUUCAAUUCCCUGUCCCCUCGGUUAGGAAGAGCUGUUGAGGACAUGGGCCACAGAAUAAAUGAAGCUCUUCUUAAGAAUACCACAUCCUGGGUGCUAUAUAACAUGGCCUCCUUUUACUGGCGGAUAAAGAAUGAGCCAUACUCAUGUGGUAGAAUGCGCCAUAAGAGCUCUCCACUUCUCUUCCAGGUUAGAAAACAAAAUGACAGUUAUCCGUCACACCUUCUUUAUUUAACCUGUGAGCUUCUGCAGACAUCUCAGGCCAAUAUGCUAGGGGAAUAUAAUCACUCUGUGCUGUGCUACGACAGAGCUCUGCAGACCAAACCUGGCUAUGAGCAGGCAGUGAAGAGAAAGCACGCAGUGCUGUGUCAGCAGAAGUUGGAGCAGAAGCUGGAGGCGCAGCACAGGUCCCUGCAGCGAACUCUAAAUGAAUUAAAGGAGUAUCAGAAACAGCAUGACCAUUACCUGAGACAGCAGGAGAUUCUCGAGAAGCAUAAACUGAUCCAAGAGGAGCAGAUUCUACGCAACAUCAUCCACGAGACACAGAUGGCCAAAGAGGCACAACUGGGUAACCAUCAGAUCUGCCGUAUUAGCAGCCAGAAGCACAGCAUGCACUGCCCCUGGGACCUGCCAGUUCGCUAUCACAGAGGGGAAGUGUUUGAGAAUGUAGAACAAGUGCUGUUUGGUGAAGAUGCAUCGUUUGCACAUAUGACCUCAAUAAACUCUGACAUUCCAAUGAACCAUAGCACCUUCCCGCAUCAUUCCACCGUGCAACACUCCCCUAUGAAUGUGUGGGGUACGGAGGCUGAAGAAAGUUUAUGGCCCAAAAAAUAUGAGUGCUCCAAAAGAUUCCCAACAAUACCUUCUUCUGAAGAGCUUCCAACUUAUCAUCUACCUCUUGUACCCAAUGUCUUGGGUAACAGCCCAACUGUAUCAAAGCUGCUAGACUCAGGGGGUAAUCUCCUGAUGCCACAUUGCACUUCUGUCUUGGAUGUGCGGAAAAAUGAAUCCUUUCGCCAGCUGCUAAUGGAGCUACAGGGCAAGUUGGACCAACAGCAACUUAAGCCAGACAAACAUGCUAAAUUGAUUUUCUUUUCUCGUGUCUAUAACCUUGGUAUUUCUGAAGAGGAAAUGGCAGCUCAUUUGUAUCACGCUCUUAUACAGCCGGCAGGUCCCUCUUGGUCUGUACUAAAUGAAGCUGCUUUGUACUGGAGAGCAAUUGGGAACAGUACUGAAGCUAUAGCUUGUCUACGCCGAGCAUUGAACCGCUCUCCUGCCCAGCACAAACACAUUCCAUUGGUCAAUUUGGCCAACCUCCUUAUUUAUCAUGGGCUUCAUCUGGAUGCCAGCAACCUACUUCUGCAAGCAUUGGCUGUAGACCAGACAGAGCCUGUCACAUUUCUGAGUCUGGGGAAUGCUUACUUAGCUCUCAAGAACCUCACAGGAGCACUUCAAGUGUUUCGAUCAGCUUUGGAUCUCCACAAAGAGUGUCACAGUUGUGAUAGCGGCUUACUGUUGAUCCGCUGCUUACAGUUAUACCCAUCACUGUACAACAUGAGCGCCUCCACAUGUAGUGAGCAUUGCCACAAAAAUGCUAGAAGUGGGAAUCGCAACUCUCAGAAAUACUUCAACAGCUACUCAGAGAGGUUUAUAGAUGAUAAAUAUGAAAGCGAAGCCAUUGAAGAACAGGUCACCGAUCUAACAGAUUCCACUUUACAGCUUCAAAAUAUCAUAUUGGCAGAAACCAAUAACACUGAAGUAAAAGAGUCUGCUGCAGAUGCUCCUAUGUCUGAAGAAAUGCUGGCCCUUGUAGAUGAGUUUGAGCACACAUGGCCUUUAGAAGCAUUUGAAGGAGCUCUGGAACUUAAAGGUCGGAGGAUGGACCUUCAAGGAAUCAGAGUCCUUAAGAAGGGGACGCAGGAUGGCCAGUCUGGAUCUUGUUUUGGCGAUUGUGAUGAUGAUGAUGAGGCCGAAUGGAUUACUUUUCAAGUAAAACGUUUAAAGAAGCCAAAAUCAGACGAGUCUAAUAUACCAGAUCUCAGUGAAGUGGAUGAAGAAGAUUAUGUGACUAGGAAUAUUGAGGACUAUCAAGCAGAACUGGAAAUUAGUGGUCCAAAAAUACCUGCUCCUGGCCCACAAGGGAGACAACCUGAUUAUCGGAGCCUUGGGUGGCCUAGUCCCGAUGAGUGUUUGAAGCUUCGCAGAGUAGAGCUGUCCACAGUGGCCAGCACAUGGCUGGCUGUAUCCGCUAAGAAUAUUGAUAUUACAGAACACGUGGAUUUUGCCACUCCGUUGCAGGAGCCUGAAGUAGAGCCUCUCUGUAACCCAAACCUUGCUGCUAGCAUGAACACUUUGGACCACCUUCAUGGAGUAUCAAAUCGAGCCGCUAUACACUACACUGGGGAGAGUCAGCUGAAAGAGGUCUUACAGAACCUUGGUAAAGAUAAAUAUCCUCCACAGUCACUGGAGCAAGUUGGAACUCGCAUAAUGAAGGUCCUGGAGAAAAACCAGACUUCAUGGGUACUUUCCAGCAUGGCUGCUCUGUACUGGAGAGUGAAGGGUCAGGGGAAAAAAGCAAUAGACUGUCUACGCCAAGCUCUACAUUAUGCUCCACAUCAUAUGAAGGAUGUUCCACUCAUUAGUCUUGCAAACAUCUUCCAUAAUGCCAAGCUUUGGAAUGAUGCCAUUAUUGUUGCUACAAUGGCAGUGGAGAUCGCUCCUCACUUUGUAGUAAAUCAUUUCACCUUGGCUAAUGUGUACGUAGCAAUGGAAGAGUUUGAAAAAGCUAUGUUGUGGUACGAGUCCACUCUCAAGCUACAGCCAGAAUUUGCACCAGCCAAGGACAGAAUUCGUGCUAUUCAGUGUCACAUACUGCUGAAGAAGGGGAGGCGUUCAACAUAAUAUCUUCUUAUAUAAAACCCAUUGUUUUUUUUCCAGUUUAUUUAAAAAACACCUUUAUGUAAACUGAUCAAAGUUGUUUAUUUUGAGAUGGGUUGAAAACCGUGAUAAAAAAAAAAGAAAAAGAUGCGAUUGCUAAUUCCUGUUUGCUCAAGAAAUUAGAGGGGUUUUCAUUGUGUAUAAUUGAAAUGCUUAUAAUGCAGUGAGGUUUGGGGUGGGAAAUAAGGGGUCAUAUGUUUUUGGAUUAAGAUGAUACCACCCACUUACAAUCACAUUGGAUAUGUCCCUCUUCAGGGGAAUAUGGAGUUAAAAUUAAUCUUUCAUGGUUCAGAUAAUGUGUGAAGCAAAUUUGAAAAAGUUUUCUUUAAGUGCAGUUAUCAAAUUAACUCUUUCUCUUGGCAUCUUUUAAAUAAUCCUAGUUCCUUUAUAUGAGAACAUACUGAAGUAGGCUAAGGAGUGUGCAUGUGACACACACACACGUUUCUGCCUACCUCAGUGUGCACGCUUGGAAAGGGGCUAUGCUUUAUCAAACAAAAUCAAGAGAAAAAAAUAUAUAUUUAAUAGAAGUGAAUUUUUAAGUUUUUCAAACUGGAUGCUUUAUCCAAAUCGUGAAAGUCCAAUUUUGAUCAAUUUUGAUAUCCACGUCCCUUUAAAGACACAAUACACAAACGGUUACAUAUUUGCUGAAGACUGCAUACUUCAGACACCUUUGACAAAAGGUUUAAAAAUCGAACAAUGAUAUCACAUAUGUUAAAUAUUAGUUACCUACAUUUCCAGUGUUUGCAUAAAGGCCCAUAAACGUCAUGCCUAAAGUUCUUAGACCACUAACUGUGUCUUUCCACCAUGGCCUGCCAUAAUUUUCAGACUAUUUCAGUAAAGAAACAAAAUAAUUAAUCAAUCACUGCUUUAAAGAAAUAAUUUGCCAAAUAAAAAAAUAAAUGUUAUUUAAUUUUAAUGUAA